GUGAAGGGGUAAUUAUGGAAAUACAAUGAAAAAAGUACAGGGACAAAGAGGAAACUCAGGGGGCAUUUAAGUCAUCGUUCAGAAUCAUAUAGGUCAUGUCCCUCUCUCUCUCUCUCCCUCCAUGCUGUAACAAACAUCCCGAAUUCUCAUCCAACGGUCAUAACUCUUCUCUCUCCAAAUCUCUACGGCCUAGGAUCCACCACACGCUCUCUCUCCCUCCCUCUCUCUGAUCAAUAUAUAUCCCAUACACACACUGAUAUGGCGUCAUUUACGUUGCUUCUCUUCAACCGCGUGUGUGUUUUGUGAGUGUGCGGUUUUGAUUUCACCUGGUUUUAUGAAGAUAGAAUCAAGCGGUUUUUGCUCUAUAACUAACCCUAGAUUCGAUCUUUUUUAAGGUUAUUAGGUUUUCGUGCCGGAAGGUUGAGGUUUUUAACUACUUGCAAAACAUUAAGUGGUUCUGAACUAUGUAUGCAGUAGUAAAGGUGAAAGAUCAGAAAAUGUCAACAAAUUCUCCGUGUGCAGCGUGCAAGUUUUUACGUCGUAAAUGCACACAAGAAUGCGUCUUUGCACCGUACUUCCCACCCGACCAACCUCAAAAAUUCGCUAACGUGCACAAAGUCUAUGGAGCAAGCAACGUUGCGAAACUCCUGAACGACCUCCCCGCCACACAAAGAGAAGACGCGGUUAAUUCGUUGGCUUACGAGGCCGAUGCACGCCUUCGUGAUCCAGUUUAUGGUUGUGUUGGGCUAAUAUCGGUUCUACAACACCGGUUAAAGCAGGUUCAGAAAGAUCUAGAACAUGCUAAACGAGAAUUGGCUAACUACAUUGGCCCAUCUGCAAUGCUACCGAUUUUGAACCAAGGGUUUAUCCAACAAUCGGUUAUACCAUACAACAACAUGCAGCCGGACCCGGUUUUGGGCUUAACCGGGACAAGGGGUUUCCGAGAUGUUCAACAACACAUGAUUGGUGCUAAUGGUGGUGAACGAGAACAUUCGGAGUUGUUAAGGAACUAUGAUCAUCAGCAGCAGCAGCGGUCCGCGGAUCUUUUAGGGUUUAAUGGCGGGUUUGAUGCUGUUGCAGCCGCGGCUCAAGUGACUGGUAGCGAGUUUAGCCACACGAGUACAUCAACCGCGGCGGCUAUGUCACCGUGUUUAUCAUUGGGUGGGUCUUAUGAUAAUAAUAAUAUUUAUCAGAUUCAACAUCAGCCUCAUCAUCUUCAACAUCUUCAGCUGUUUCUUCAGCAACAACCGCUGCCACCACAGAGAGCCGAGUAGUCCGGACGGUGGGAGCGUUGGAGCGUGUUGCUUUUUGUCUUACUGUGUUUUAGUUUUGAACUCUAGUUUAAAUCAAAUGUUAGUUUUAGAUGAAUUAACUACGUACGUCUCUACUAAAUUGUUGAAUUUGGUGGGUCAUUUGAUUAAUUUAUUUCUUUGAUUU